AUGGACCGUGUUGUGCGAUUUGCGCAAAGUGUCAAUAUCACGAGGCUGUGGGUUGACAGGGAGUGUAUCUACCAGAGACCAGAGGAUGAGCUGGAAGACAAAGAGCUUGGCGUUCAAAUCAUGGAUGUUGUCUAUGGCGACAGCGCUUACUCAGUCGGCCUACUUACAGUCGAACUGCUGGACCAACAUGAGAUUGACCUGCUCUCCGAUUUGCUCGCCAGAUCUCUCUUUACAGAUCCGCGUGAUACGGAUACUCCACAGUUGCAGCCUGGAGUUGAUGUUACUGCAGUACAAAUACUGAUUCUCCGUAUCCUGAGCGAUUCCCGCUGGUCACGCGGCUGGAUAUUUCAAGAAGACCACCUCGCUUCCGAAAGGAUGGUGCUGCUUGUUCCGUGCAACGAGCAACUCAACAAGGGCAGCAAAUACCGCUUUGGAAAAAUACCCGGAGAACUCCAGAUCAAGCUCAAAGAUUUCCGCCAGACCGUCACCAUGUUCUGUCUAGCUUCCGCAGACAACCAGCGACGAUGGCCCAAUAGUGAGAUGCUGGAAAAGGUGAAGCAGUACAACAUUUACAACAAGAAGAUUUAUGCUGUCAGCUCUGCAUCUCAAGGACAGCAUUAUAUACGUUCCUGGGAUGAUGAUUACAAUGCCGAUGCUGGGGUCGGCAAACUCAAUACGCAGAGUGGCUACUCCAAAAUUCCCUCGUAUCCGACUACCACGACGAGCGUACUCGAGGAUAUCAACAAUCGAUGCUUAGAGAAUGAGUCAGACAGGAUUGCUAUACUUGCCAACGCUCUGAAAUGCACAAAGCGGCUCAACACUCGAAAGGGCUCGCCUUUGGUUGAGCCUGAAGCCUUCAGCCUGUCCGCAGCUCUUCUCACUAUCAUCCUAAUGAACGGGGAGAUAUUGGCGAAUGCGCCCGAGUGCCAAGCCGGCACUCUUCCGUCCGAAGCAGAUCUCAUGAGUCAUACUCUUCAAUCGUAUUUGAUCGCUUGCCAGUUUUUCUUUACUCCUCCCAGCCUGAAACUCCACCAGAGUUUUAUUGAUCGAUGUCGCUUCAUAUCGCCAACCAUCACGCGUCGUGGUAUAGAGACAAAGGGUUUUCUUUUCAACUUGUUGCCUGACCGACAAUUGGAAAAUCAGGAGUUUGAAUCCGACCUACUCCAUCUUACCGAUGCAGAUAGAGAUGCUUUGUCAGGUAUUGUCCCAGAGCGAAGACGCUGGAACCGUAAGCUCGACAACAUUGCUUGCCAGGCACUUGAGAUACUUAUAGAGAAGUUGGAGAAAUUAUGGCCUGGCAGUAAGCUUGCCAGUCACAUGCGCAGACACAUAGAAUUGGAUCAAAACCCGCCGCGCUCAAAGGAUCCCUACGCGUACCCAUCUACGCCGUACGUACUAGAUGCCAUGUCCGCGUUGUAUCAGGCCCUCAGAGACGACCGCGAGAUUUGCCUUGCACGACUGGCUUCGGCUCCGCAAGACGUAGAGCCAGUCGCUCUUUUCAUGAGGCCUGAGCCGCAUGGCUGGAGGACCAAACUGCCACUUGACUCUGCUGCUGGCCAAAAACAGCAAAUGACAAAGAUAUUCACAAGCUGGGAUAACGGUCGGCAUCAAUACGACAAAGAACGGUUAGUGAGCUUAGAGGUCGGCAUAUGGGAUGCGCAGGGCGUUAGACAUGAUUGGGAUCCACAGACUUGUUUCAUGAAGAGUUAUGGAUGGGUCAAUGGGAUUUGGGCUGUUAAUGGCGAGCAAAUGGAAGAGUAUGUUUUCCCACUAGCGGGUAUUACCAAGGAAACCGACUGUGGAGAUACGGAAAAGAGUAGUGGGGGAAAGAAAAGGAAGAGGAGACAUGACGACUAG